AUGUCCUGGGUCUCAACUUUCCCCGGCUACAGCAACGUCAUGGGCCGGGCCAAGAAAGUGGCGGGCCAGAUCCUCCAGACAGGGCCCACGCCGCGGCACGUGGGCGUGAUCAUGGACGGCAACCGGCGCUUUGCCCGCGAGCACAAGUUGGAGGUCAAAGAGGGCCACAGCUUCGGCUUCGACGCCAUGGCCGCGGUGCUCGAGCUCUUGUACCAGAGCGGCGUCGAGCACGCCACCGUGUAUGCGUUUUCCAUCGACAACUUCCGCCGCCUGCGCCAGGAGGUCGACUGGCUCAUGGACUUGGCCAAGUCCAAGUUGAAGCAGAUGGCGCAGCACGGCGAGCUUUGCGACCAGUACGGCAUCCGCAUCCGGGUUUUGGGCAACGUGCUGCUCUUGCCGCCCGACGUGCGCGCGGCCUUGCGCGACACCGAGCGCCGCACCGCCCACAACUCGCGCGCCGUGCUCAAUGUGUGCUUUCCUUACACGGCGCGCGACGAAAUGGCGCACGCGGUGCGCGCGGUGGUUGGCGCGGCCGCGGCCGACCCGCACUGCAAGGUGGACCAGGCGGCGCUCGAGCGCCACUUGUACACGGGCGAGGCGCCGCCGUUGGAUCUUUUGGUGCGGACAAGCGGCACCUUCCGCCUCCUGGACUUUUUGUUGUGGCAGGCGGUGCCGUCGUCGUGCGCCGUGGUGUUCUGCCCCAAGUUGUGGCCCGAGUUCACCGCGUGGGACAUGUGCUUGAUCUUGCUCCGCUGGAGCUUCAACCGCUACUGGUACGGCAGCGGCAGCGGCAAGCGCGCCGACGCCUGGAGCGACUCGGACUCGGACUCCGAGCCGGACACCGCCGAAACGGAAACGGCCGAGACGUCGGGCUUCCGGGCAAAGCCAAGUCUAUGA